AGGGGAGAUGGAUUUCACAUCCACUUCGCGACUAUUAAAAACACAUGACAUAGCAUAGACGAGUAGACUGUACAAAAGGCGAACGACAUACCUGUCAACUUCGCCAUUCUGCCCGAAUUGACCGUUUAAUCCGCUUGUCGCUUUUAAAACGACUUGUAAUCUAUAUUGAACGGACACAGCAGGCGAGUGUUACCUCUAUUCCAAAACUCACCAGGGCCUUGAAGCGAGAAGUGGUGAUAGGGGUCUGUUCCCUUUCAUAAGUGCAUUAGCAACAAAAGACGUCGGGGUGCAUGAAGGUACAAAACGGGAGUCGAGAACCACGAGAAAGUCGAUGAAGCAAGGAAGAUCCGGACCACAUACUGCUACAUAUUAAAGGACUGAUUAACUUGUAUGUGUAAAUUAAUAAGUGGGAUCUUAAUGGAAAAUUGCAUGUAAUGUACUGAAGUCAUUCGGUAUUUUAUGAAGUCUUUAUAAAGAGGUCUAAAUCUGAAUAACUAUGGAUACAGUUGAACGAAAACGACCUCGAUCUCCUGCAAACAAUUCACCGACACCGUCAUCAGAUAGCGAGGAUGAAAGAAACGAGAAAGUUUUAGAAAGAGAAAACGAGUGUAAGGAGAGAUUACAAUCCCCUCCGGAGAGAGACAUGUCACCAAAACCUGUGAAAUCAGGAGAAAAUAGCCCAGUUAUAGACUUAAGCAAACCGAUCGCAAGUGUUAGACCAGGGCCAAAACCUUCUUUUCUUAUAACAGACAUUCUUAGUUCUACACAUACAAAUAGAAGCCGAAUAUUACCACAUUUCGGUGAUUACGAAAGACAUGAUAGUUACCCAAAAGCCCCUAGAUCUCUCCACAUAUCUGACAGAUCAGCGUUUGUACGGGAAAGAUUCGCCCUUAAUUCACCAGAUAAAGAUGGCAGUGAUUUAGAUCAAAGUGAUGACGAGGAUGGCAAGAUGAGAGGGGAUGGUGAUACCCCAUUGCUACUCAAGGGUAAAAAACCCAGAAAGGCAAGAACAGCAUUUACAGAUCAUCAGCUCAGUUCUCUGGAAAAGACAUUUGAAAGACAGAAAUAUCUGAGUGUUCAAGAUCGAAUGGAAUUGGCGGCAAAAUUAAACCUGACAGACACCCAAGUUAAGACUUGGUAUCAAAAUAGAAGAACCAAAUGGAAGAGACAGACGGCUGUUGGUUUAGAAUUGUUAGCAGAGGCGGGAAAUUAUGCAGCUGUACAACGCAUGCUUCAGCAAAACCCAUACUGGUUCAAUUAUCACCCUCAAGCUGCAAGUAUUCUAUCCAAUGUGGACGCUUUCUACCUCCGCAAUGGCGAAAACUCGUUUGCGCAGGUCCAGCGACCUCUUUUGCCCCGGAUGUUUAUCCACGGACUUCAACAGCACGUGAAUUCACUUCCGGCCACGACCGGAUCUUCUAUAUUUAGUGAACCAAGAAACUGAAGGUCUUGUUUUUGUUUACUUUUAUAAUGGCCCAACUGUGACAGUAUAUUAUAUACUUUAAUUUAUUUCAGAUUUUAAAAAUCAGUGCUUAAUUAAAAGGAGAGUAAAUACAAUGACUUGAUAUAUCGGUGUGUUAUUACUGAAAGAUUUGCAAGGAUUUUUAAUACGAAACUAUGGCUUUGUUGAACUCUUAAAAUCCUUACAACUUUAUUUAACGUGAACAAUUUUGCACUGCAAGUGACUGGUGUAAUAUAAUUUUAAUACGCACUAUAUUAAGUGGGUAUAUUUUGUGGAUUCUUUUUCACGAACUUUAUUAAGAAGACAUUCUUUUUAUAUGGAGACUCUAUUUCACCAAUAUAAGUAUAAAUAUUACCAUAUGUGUUUUUGUCUUAAAGUGUUUUAAGUUAUUUUAUCAAAUUAUCGCUUUUUUUUUAAAUUACGAAUAAUAAAAAUUUACAU